AUGGCGAAAAUUGAUAAUUCGUCCAAAGCCAACCAUCUUUGCGUCCUAGUGCAUGGUCCUUGCUCGAGUAGUCUCUGGGGUAAUCCAUCACAUCUGGACUAUAUGGUAGUAGCGCUGAAAGAAAGACACGGAGAAGACAACAUUCACAUCCUCUGCCCAGAAGGAAAUAGCGGCAACUUCACUUACGAUGGAGUCGAGGUGGGCGGCGAACGAGUAGUGCACGAGGUCGAAGAAACGUUGCAAAGGCUAGAGAAACAGGGUCAGAAAAUCACCAAACUCAGCAUUGUCGGUUAUUCAUUGGGCGGCCUUGUCGCUCGAUAUGCCGUUGGAUUGCUACAUGCCAAUGGGUUGCUGGAUAAAGUGGAACCUAUGAACUUUACAACUUUCGCAUCACCACAUGUUGGGGUGAGAACGCCGAAUAAGGGCGUAGGUGGUCAUAUAUGGAAUGGCCUAGGACCCCGACUGGUGUCUAUGUCAGGACAGCAAUUAUUCAUGGUCGACUCUUUCCGCGAUACUGGACGGCCCCUACUCAGCCUUCUUGCCGACCCAGAGAGCAUCUUUAUUAAGGGGCUGAAGAGGUUCCAAAACAAGAGCGUUUACGGCAAUGUCGUGAAUGAUCGUACAACGGCAUUUUAUUCAACACUCUUUACAAAGACUGACCCCUUCCGAAAUCUUGAUGACAUCAAUAUCAAUUAUGUGGAGGGUUACGACCGAGUAAUCGUUAAUCCCGAUCAGUUCUUGCUACCUCUCGACCCGAAAGAACCCGAGACUUGUGCUUCUGAGAAAUGGAGGCGCUUCAGAUUAUUCGCGGAAAAUAUGCCCUUUUACCUACUUGUUAUGCUGCUUCUCCCGCCUGCAGCAGCUGUAUUCUGCAUAAACUCAGGUGUCCAAACAUUACGCAGUCAAAAGAGAAUCCGUCUGCAUCUGGAGGGAAAGGGAAGGGCGCUCUUCGGGAAGUACAAAGUGCCUCUCCUUGUGCAGGAUGUCCAGCACGUAAUGGACGAGGUCGUCGAGAGUGCAAAUUCUCGACAGGAGCCUGAUUACCUCUCAAGCUCUGACCCCGAGGCUAGCGACUCCUCUGAGAAUGUCGCGAAAAAGUCUAUAAAACGCAACAAAGCGAAGACAGGCUUAUCUGCAAAGUUAAAGCGUUCAGAUACCGAAAAAUCAACACCUGAAUUCUCGACGCUCGCAUUGACACCCGAUCAAUUCGAUAUUAUUGACUCACUCAAUGAUGUGGGAUUCCGGAAAUACCCCGUCUACAUUCAUAAUCACCGCCACAGCCACGCAGCUAUCAUUGUUCGGAUUCAAAAGGAUGCAUUUGAUGAAGGGAAAACUGUCAUGAAACAUUGGUUGGACAAUGAGUUCGCAAUUUAA